AUGAAAUGCAAGUAUUCUGACAAGUGCUUUAGCUUGUCAGCAAAUUGCAAGCAGCAUGAACAAACCCACACAGGAGUGAAACCUUAUCAGUGCAAGCAUUGCGAUAAAUACUUUACACAGUCAUCAUAUUGCAAGCAGCAUGAACGUAUCCACACAGGAGUGAAACCUUAUCAGUGCAAGUACUGUAAUAAGUGCUUCAGUACUUCAUCACUUUGCGAGGAGCAUGAACGUGUACAUACAGGAGUGAAACCGUAUCAGUGCAAGUAUUGUAAUAAGUGCUUUAGCCAGUCAUCAAAUUGCACAUACCAUGAGCGUACCCACAUAUGUCCAGGAGUAAAAUCUUAUCAGUGCAAAUAUUGUGAUAAGUGCUUCACAAAGUCAUCAAAUUGCAAGCACCAUGAACGUACGCACUCAGGAAUAAAGCCUUAUCAAUGCAAGUAUUGUGAUAAGUGCUUCAGUUAUCCAUCACAUUGCGAGGAGCAUGAACGUAUACAUACUGGAGUGAAACCGUAUCAGUGCAGGUAUUGUAAUAAGUACUUUCGCCAGUCAUCAAGUUGCUCGGCGCAUGAACGUACCCAUACAGGAGUGAAAUCUUAUCCAUGCAAGUACUGUAAUAAGUGCUUUACACAGUUAUCACAUUGCAAGGACCAUGAACAUACCCACACAGGAGAAAAAUCUUAUCAGUGCAAGUUUUGUGAUAAAUGCUUCACAAAGUCAUCAAAUUGUAAGCAGCAUGAACUUACCCACACAGGAGUGAAACCGCAUCAGUGCAAGUAUUGUAAUAAGUGCUUUAGUCAGUCAUCAAAUUGCACAAUGCAUGAACGUACCCAUACAGGAGAGAAAUUUUAUCCAUGCAAGUAUUGCAAUAAGUGCUUUACGUACUUAACAUCUUGCAAGCGCCAUGAACAUACCCAUACAGGGGUGAAGCCUUAUCAGUGUAAGUUUUGUGAUAAGUGCUUCACACAGUCAUCACAUUGCAAGAAGCAUGAACUUACACACACGGGAGAAAUAUUAUCAGUGCAACUUUUGCAAUAGGGCUUUACCCAGCCAUGACAUUGUACAGAGCAUGAAUGUGCCCACACAGUAGUGAAACCUAUUAAUCAGUGGAAGUAUUGUAAAAGACGUUUUCGCAUAAGUCAUAAGAUUGCAAUCAACAUGAACUAGUCAACACAAGAAAAAUGCUGUAUGAGUGCAAGUAUUGUGGCAAGAGCUUGAGUUAUUCAUCAUGUUGCAAUUAAGAGCAUGUACAUGACAACACAGGAGUGAAACCUUAUCAGUGCAAGCAUUGUGAUAAAUAUUUUCAUUUUGUUAUUACAAAUGCUGUCACUGCAAAAUUUGAAGGAAUUUUUCAGCGACCCCCCUUUAAGCCAUAAGUUUUUUCAUGCCCCCCACCCCCCUCAAAUCCCAGGAGCCCCCCCCCUACCUGAUGUAAAAUAAACAGUCCCUAAAUUGACAAAGGGCUUAAAGUAGAAAGCCAUGUAAAAGGGGAGGAAGGCAAUUGGAAGCCAGGAAUGCAAUGUACAGGAGGUGGGAGGUUUGAGGUUUGGACCCUCUCCCAUCUAUCAUCUCCCAGAUAUCAUUUGACUUGUCAAACUCGUAUUAGCAGAGUUGAGUGGGCCAAAACUAAAGCUUUAUAGCUAUUGAAUGAAACUUGUGGUGCAUCACAUGAAAUAGAAAUAAUUCCUUUUUCCAAGACUAAUAUUAUUAGUCAUGUUCUUCAUGUCAUAUCUUUUUGGCAGAGUCAUUUGGGGUACAUGUAGGUGGUUUCUUUUUGGAAAUGAUUCCAGUUAAUAACGGUAGAAAUUAAAGCCCGUACCCUUUCUUUAAUAACCCCCGCCCCCAGUUUGCUAAUCAACAACUUCCACCUAGUCCAGAGAUAGCCUAGCAUGUAUGGAGAUCUGAUUUUGGUUGAGUUUUAAGCACCUACAGAGCUGUCAACUCUCCCAGAUAAUCCGGGAGACUCCAGAUUUUAAACCGUUUCUCCUGGUGUCCAGAUUAGAGUCUGAAAUCUCCCGGAUAAUCGCCGAAGUUUGUCAUUUCUUGUAGAUUUGACUCUCUGACAGUGAAAUUUCAAAAAUUUUGCGUUGUUUGAGCUAUUUUUCUGUUAAGCAUUGAGCAUUUCCUCACAAACUCCUGUAUACCAUUGUAAUAUAAGCAAUAAUGUGAUUGGUGGGAAGUAAACCAAUUAGGUCAAAUGUUACAAUUAAAACAACAUCUUUUUCGCGCGUUUUAUUUUUGCAAAAAAUGAUGUCAUGUGCCCUGCAUUAUGACGUCAUCUAUCACCCACUGCCCAUCAAUUCUCAAUAUUUGAUGAAGUGGGGGGGUUACAGCCCUGCACCUGUGAACCAUCACUUAUCACAGUUUGCUAUCUGAUACUCUAAAUUAGAAUCCUUCCUAAGCAAAACAUUACGUUGGGAGUCGUCAGCAUACCAAAGGUACUGGACUUGUAAUAAAAGAAGUCCUAUUAAAGAUGGAGGAACUCAACAAGUUUUCACGCAAAAUAAAUUGACAACUAGGGCGCUUUCCAUUUAGUCAAAAUUUCCGGAAUUUCCGGUUCGGCGGUAAAUGGAACACGUUUCGUCGGUUCGUCCCACUGGAAAAUUCCCAGAAAAAGUGGAAAAUCUAAAAAGGUGGUCCCGUUUUCCCGGUUGGAAUUUCCGAACGGAAUGUCGUGUUCCAUUGACGUUUCUUGUAGUUUGUACCAGUUCCAGGUCCACGGUCGGGCACCCGGCCACGUACCGGGGUUUACGACCAAAUGGAACAACUUUUUACCGAUCGGAAAUUCCACUUUUGCUACCACCGAAAUUUCCGGAUUUUUUUCGUAAAUGGAAAGCGCCCCUAGACUUAAAUUGAGCCUUGGCACUUGACUAUUUGCUUCAUUUAAGUAGGGAGGGGUUGGGAGGGGUAUUUGAGCGUAAAGCCUGUAGUGGGUGCCCCCACGUCAACCCGGAUAGACCCUGGGGACGAGAUAAUUUACCGAUCAGCGGGACACGUACGGGACACACUAAUCAGCGGGAUCAGCGGUCUAUCUUCUGAGCGGUCGCUAAGCAUAAAAGCAGACAAGAUGGCGGAUCGAUGGUGGACAAAUUGCGGGCCUUUCCUUGACCUGUGAUUGACCGACUGCACUUAUCUCUUCACCUCAUUCUGUCCCGCAGAUAUUAGAGGUAAAUGAUUUGAAAGACUAAAUAACUUUUCUGCAUUCCCCAGACAUGCACAUGUUAAGUUAAGCAAGCGUGUUUUUCUAUUGUUUGUGCAAAUUAUUUAACAUGUACGAGCAAAUAUGGUUUACAUCAUCUUACUUCCCGAGUUCCCCAUUAGGAUUCCCUUGAUCACAAAUGUGCCAUUAAAGAUCUACAAGUGUACGAUACCCAUACAAACGCAAUAUUAAAGAAUCUUUGCAUCUUACAGAUAAAUGGUAUUUGUCUACAUGCAGCAGAAAUAGUUAAAAUAAUGUUUCUAUAUAAAACCGGAUUGUUACUAGAUAUAUGUCAAAAACGUUUUCUACUAAGGAAUUAGGUUCAUGGUUAUAAUACCAGGAAUUCCAGUUCCUUCCAUAAGUGCAAAACCAACAUAAGACUUUUUUUGUGUCAGUACUAACAUCCUUUGUUUUUUUACAGCUGAUUUCAUUGCUAUUUUAUGUUGCAGUUUAUUUUUUAUUUCAGUUAAUUUUUGUUUUUCCUUUGUUUUGGGGUAUGGUAAUGUAUUCUAAUGAAUUUAAAACAAAAAAUAACUGAAAUAAAAAAUUAACUGCAACAUAAACACCUGCGUUCGAAUGUAUUUUGGUAGGCGAUUUCAUAAAGCAAAAUAGUCCGAUGUUUUAUUGUUUAGUUUUGUUCUGUAUGACAAGGUUUGGGUAUUUUGGCAUUGAUGAAUGUCCUCAAUUUACAUGUAACAGUGAUGCAAAUUUAGUUAACAGGGAGGCAAAUUUGUAUUUCCUGAAGUUGGUACUUUUUCGUCGUUUCUUAGCGUCUGCAUGGUUAAAACAUAACAGGAAAACUUGAUGUUUUGCAGAAGAAAUCAACAGAUAAAUUCAUCAGUCUGCCAAUCCCAGAAAAAUAUCACAGUCUUCAAUCUAUGACCCUAGUGAACUCAAAUUAAGAAAACCUUGAAUAAAAGAAAGCAAUGUUUGUUUUGAUUGAAACAGGAUAAAAGGUAAUAUUUGUUUAAAGAUCAAGGUAGAGGCCUUACAAAAGGUCAAGGAAAGAGCUGAAAACUUAUAAAUUGAGAUUACACUCGCAAUAACAUGUAUUGUGAUUAGAUUGCAUGACUAGUGUGAGAGACUGUCUGAAAAAGAGAACAAAUUAUGGAUCACAGUCCUCUUUUUCUGAAUUAUAAGAGAAACAAACAAGCCAAAAUCAUCAAAGUAAUUUUCAGAUUGUGUGCUUUGAUUCUGGUAGGAUAUUCAAGGCAAAAUACUGUACUGCUUGUUAACCUCUCGGUAGAAUCAUGUGUAAAAAUCCGGGUGUAUACACAGCACUGAAAUCAACUGUAACUCAACAAGUCUAGACAUUCAAAGCUAAGUUAGUAUCUCAAUUUUUAAGAGCAAACUGAAAAAAUAUUUUCUUAAUUAUCUUGUACCUUUGCCUUCAUCUCCCUCCCUUUUUCCUUUUCUUUGCGUUGGUCUUUUGUCUGUUUUUCUUUGUUUUUCUUUAUUACCUUAUUACUACGUAGUGUUACUCUGCCUUGGCUGUUCAAUUAUUAUUUUUUAGUGCUCUUUGUAAUUUAGUAGAGAAAGCCUCCUUUGCUUAAGCCUCAUGGUUUCUUUGGGCUUUCUUGUCUUCUUCUCAUAAUUGCUUCUACUUUAUUAUUUUGUAACAUCACAAUGUGGCUAGAUUUAAAAAAUAAUAAAUAGAGAUAAAUAAAGAUAUUCUAAAUGUAAACAUGUUCAAUUUCAGGGUUCUAAAGAUAAGAACAUACAAUGUCCAAAAGUGAGGAGCCAUCAAGUUUAAGCAGUCUAAUGCUACCAAAGGUUAUGAAAUGCAAGUAUUGUGACAAGUGCUUUAGCUUGUUAGGAAAUUGCAAGCAGCAUGAACGUACCCACACAGGAGUGAAACCUUAUCAGUGCAAGUAUUGUGAAAGGUGCUUCAGUGCUUCAUCACAUUGUAAAGAACAUGAACGUACCCACACAGGAGAGAAACCUUAUCAGUGCAGGUAUUGUAAUAAGUGCUUUAGCCAGUCAUCAAAUUGCAAGCAGCAUGAACGUACCCACACAGGGGUGAAACCUUAUCCGUGCAAGUAUUGUAAUAAGUGCUUUACACAGUCGUCACAUUGCAAGGAGCAUGAACAUACCCACACAGGAGAAAAAUCCUAUCAGUGCAAGUAUUGUAAUAAGUGUUUCACACAGUCAUCAAAUUGCAAGCGACAUGAACUUAUCCACUUAGGAGUGAAACCUUAUCCGUGCAAAUACUGUGAAAAGUGCUUCAGUUAUUCAUCACAUUGCAAGGAGCAUGAACGUACCCACACAGGAGUGAAACCUUACCAAUGCAACUAUUGUAGUAAGUGCUUUACACAGUCAUCACAUUGCAAGGAGCAUGAACGUACCCAUACAGGAGUGAAACCUUAUCAAUGCAAGUAUUGUGAAAAAUGCUUCAGUGCUUCAUCACAUUGCAAGGAGCAUGAACAUAACCACACAGGAGUAAAACCUUAUCAGUGCAAGCAUUGUGAUAAGUGUUUUUCCCAGUCAUCAAAUUGCAAGCGCCAUGAACGUACCCACACCGGAGUGAAACCUUAUCAGUGCAAAUAUUGUGAAAAGUGCUACAGUAUUUCAUCACAUUGCAAGGAGCAUGAACGUACUCAUACAGGAGUAAAACCUUAUCAGUGCAAAUAUUGUAAUAAGUGCUUUACACAGUCAUCUCAUUGCAAGGAGCAUGAACGCAUCCAUACAGGAGUAAAACCGUAUCAGUGCAAAUAUUGCGAUAAAAGUUUUAGCAAGUCAUCACAUUGCAAGCAACAUGAACAUGUCCACACAGGAAUUAAGCCCUAUGAGUGUAAGUAUUGUGGUGAAGGCUUCAGCCAGUCAUUACAAUGCAAGCAGCAUGAACUUACACACACAGGUGUUAAACAUGAUGAAUAA